AUGAAGUGUGUUCUGUGUCUGGAUGGAUUCAGCUCAGAGUCUGACACUAUUGUUGUGUCUUCAGUGCUGGAUUUCGUGUCUCAGGAUGAGAUGUUGACUCCUCUGGGCCGACUGGACAAGUACAUCAGCAGCGAGAACGUCUUCAACAGGCAGAUGGUGGCCCGCAGUCUUCUGGACACGCUCCGGGCCGUCAGCGAGGAUGAGCGCGAGUGUGUGUCUGUGCUGGAGCGGAUCGACAGACUCGCAGACGACUCAGAGCCGACGGUUCGAGCAGAGCUCAUGGAGCAAAUCCCACACAUCGCCAUCUUCUGUCAGGAGAACAGACCUUCCAUUCCCUUCGCCUUCUCCAAGUUCCUGCUUCCCAUCGUGGUGCGAUACCUGUCCGACCAGAACAACCUGGUGCGUAAGACGAGUCAGGCGGCGCUGCUGGUUCUGCUGGAGCAGGAGCUGAUGGAGCGAGGAGACGUGGAGAGCCUGGUGUGUCCGGUGCUGGUGGACCUGACCGCUCCCGACAGCAGCGACGACGUCAAGACCGAAGCCAUGGCGGUGAGAGUCUGUGCUGCCGCAGGCCUCAGCAGCAUCAAUCUGUCUGGACAGCUGCCGCGCUUCUUCCAGCUGUGCUCUGAUAACGUGUGGGGCGUGAGGAAGGUUUGUGCGGCGAACUUCGGAGACGUCUGCAGUGUGGUCGGCGGAGAGGCGACGGAGGAGCUGCUGCUGCCGCGCUUCUUCCAGCUGUGCUCUGAUAACGUGUGGGGCGUGAGGAAGGCCUGCGCCGAGUGCUUCAUGACCGUCUCCUCGGCCUCGUCUCCAGACGUGCGGCGCAGCAAACUCUCGUCUCUGUUCAUCAGUCUGAUCAGCGACCCGUCGCGCUGGGUGCGUCAGGCUGCGUUUCAGUCGCUCGGUCCGUUCAUCUCCACCUUCGCCAGCCCCAGCAGUAACACGGCUCAGUGCUUCAGAGACGAGGCCGAGGCCGAGAGGAGCGGAUCACAGACACACAGCAGUAACACGGCUCAGUGCUUCAGAGACGAGGCCGGGGCCGAGAGGAGCGGAUCACAGACACACAGCAGUAACACGGCUCAGUGCUUCAGAGACGAGGCCGAGGCCGAGAGGAGCGGAUCACAGACACACAGCACAAACACAGACGCCGUCUGUCCGCCGCGGGGCUCCCGUGAGGAAGAGGAGGGCGGAGGAGAGCAGACGGUCGAGAAGUGCCUUCCUGAGGAGACGCAGCCUUCAUCCCAUCCUCCAGCGCAGGAGAUCCCGGAGCAGGAGCUCUUCAACUCCUUCCACUACUGGAGGACCCCCAUCCCUCAGAUCCAGCUGGAGCUGCUGCAGGAGGAGGACAGGCGGCCCUCGGCCCCGGCGCUGGGCAGAACACAGCUGCAGGAGCUCAUCGAGAACCUGGAGCCGCAUACCGACGACCCCGACGUCAAAGCACAAGUGGACGUCCUGACAGCUGCUCUGAGAGCCACGGCGCUGGACUCUGGACUGGAAGAUGCUUUCCUGGAGCCUCGAGCCGCUCGAUCAAACCCCUUCAGCUCCCAGCAGCCCUCAGAACACCUGUCAGCCGACACACAGAGGCGUGAUUCCUCUCUACACGUGACGCAUGACGAUGAUGAUUCUGACGUGAGCGACAGCAGCCUGAGUGCUGAAGACCAGCGGAAAUCCAAACAGCAGGUCAGUUGGAAGGUGCGGCGGACGCUGGCGUUCUCCAUCCAUGAGCUGGCUCUGAUUCUGGGGGAUCAGCUGACCGCUGCUCAUCUGGUGCCCAUCUUCAACAGCUUCCUGAAGGACCUGGACGAGGUUCGCAUCGGCGUCCUCAAGCACCUCUACGACUUCCUCAAGAUUGCUCUCUCUGCGUCUGGUUGUGUGUUGCAGGUGAGCGAGAUCAUCAGGAAGCUGUCGUCGUGUUCGUCUCUGCUGGUGAGUUUUCUGGGAGAGCUGGUGGAGAAGUUCUGUCACUCUCUGAAGUGGUCCGGUCGUCAGGCGUUCGCCUUCAUCUGUCAGUUGUCCAUAGAGGAGGAGUGUCUGUCUCUGGACCAGUUCUCGGAGCAUCUUCUUCCUCCUCUUCUUCAGCUGGCGUCUGAUCCGGUGGCUAACGUCCGUGUGCUGCUGGCCAAAACCCUGCGGCAGACGCUGCUGGAGCGAGAGUAUUUUCUGAGCGCGCUGAACUGUCAGCAGGUAGCGCUGGAGCACACACUCGUCUCGCUGCAGACAGACGUGGAUAAAGACGUCAAGUACUUCUCCAGCGUUCACCCCGGCAGCACGCGUCUGAACGAGGACGCCAUGAGCAGCACGUCCUCCACCUACUGACCUGCUGUCCCAGAAUGCACCUCUCUGAUUUCACCACAGAAGCCUUAAUCACGUCUUCCUUCUCCAG